AUGACUCUAAAAACUGUUGUCUUCGAUGACAGUGGAUCUGAGGAAGAGAUAAAGAUUUCUCCACCAAAAGGUUCACCAACGAGAACAAGAGUUCGUAAAGUUAGGCAGAAAAAACCAAUUCUUAUUCUCGAAGACGAGAAAUCUGAUAAAAUAGAUGAUCAAAGCAAACCAAAUGAAGAUAUAAAUGAAGUUCCGGCCCCAAAAGAAGAACCAAAAUCAGAAGAAAAUGUUGAAGAACAUCAAAACGAAGCCGAGCCAGUAGAAACAGUGCAAAAUGAGCAACCUUCAGAUCCAAAUCGCCGAUUAUCGCAAGAAGAAGUUCACGUACUUCAAAAAGAAAUUAAUCGAUUGCCAGGUUACGUUUACACAUCGACACUGGUUCCAUAUAAUUUCGAAAAAAUAACGAAAAUAUCUUGGAAUGGUGGAAUGGUUCAUUUUCAACUUAAAAGAGGAGCAGAAUAUUUAUAUCACGCAAAAGUCAAAAAAUCAAUGCGUACAAUUCCUAUUUUCAAGGGAACAAAAGCCCACUUAUCGUCAUCAUCCAGCGAUGCAAAACUUGUUUCGACCCAAAAUUACGAUUUUAAUACUUUAUACUCUGGCGAAAAGGAAUUGAUGGAAGUCUCAUUCAUGCCAGGCAAAAUACCUAAAUCUCCACGAACUGUAUCACUUUCUUUUAAAAAUCCUAUUCCAGAAGUUCCUUCUGCACUUAAUUCAAAAAUUCCUUCAAUAAGUCCAUGUGGUGUUUGGGUUUUGAACCACAAUGGACGAUUUGCUAUCUCUAGUAUCAAAAACUGCAUCCUUCUUGAUGAAAAACAAACCGAAUUUUUAUCUCUGAUGAGAACAUCAAAUAGUGAAGCCCAAUUAGAGGCAAACCAAAAUAUACCGCCGCUAAUUGUUUUUGGAUUUGCUAUUGCUUCAUUUCUAUGCACAGUAAAAUAA